GUAGCAAACCACGCUACCAUAAGAACGUUAAGAAGCUGCCAGUUCUCCGUCUCAUUUUCUUUUUGCAACAAAACCACCAGCUCGAGUCGUCUUGCAUUCAGUUACAACCACAACUUUGGCUUCAGCAGAGUCUCAUAAAUUGUGUGCCAACUUGUGAUUAAAUGUGUUUUGGUGAAUCAUACUCCGUGUCUUGGAAAGUCCAAUUAUAUUUGUUUUUUGUGAGUGAGUUGAGGUGACACACUCAAGAUUUUUUAUAUUAAAUCUGAGAAUUGGUCUUUCUGAGAACUCGACAGUACAUAUUUCAGCAUCUCUGGCUAGUGUCCAUAUGCCCGAAAAACUAUUAUUUAACAAUAAGACCCAGAGCUGUGUAACACGAUCCUGACCUGUAUCAAAGUCAGUGUGUACAUGUGUACGUAUAUUUUGAACGAAAGUCAUUUAUAAGACGGAGUUUCUUCCUGAAAUACUCAGUACGGGAAACGGGAAGUGGCAGAGAGAACAAGAUUCGUCACAUUUUUCGCUCAGGAGUGAAUUCUACAUUGCACAAGUGAAGUAGUGGAACAACGCCAUUUUUCAAAAAUGAACUCACCAGUAAUCGCUCUUCUGAGCCCUACGUAUCACAACAAGUUUGACAACCACACAGUAAUUGCUGCCUCUGCUGAGAGGGGUGGGAGUGGAACUGAAUUUGGAAACAAUGGGUACAACAUGAAUCCAAGCGAUAAUGAGAUCAUGCGGGGUCCAGUCACGCUUUUCAGCUCCUUACACGGACCUCAAAAAGUGAUCCUCUCCAUCUUCCGAACCUCCGUCGAUCACUUUGCCCUCGUUUACCCUGAUAACCGACGGAAAAUGAUUGCUUUGAAGCCAGCAGGUUGCAUCAACCUGAGAGGAGUGACCAGCGAGGAGACGGCGUUGGGAUCAGGCAUCAAGGGCUUCACUCUCAGACCGAAGAAAUGUGACACCUCUUCAGCUGCCCUGAUUUUCCUCUGUGAGGACACUUUACUCCUACCACGCUGGUUGAGCGCCUUGGAACCAUCAAACCCAGUUCUCGUUUUGGGACAACGACGAAUGCCGAGACAAUGUUCCCUUCCAAGUGUGGAAGAGGAGGAAGAUUAGAUAUUUCAGUUAGAAAAACUAAGUAAUUAGAAAUAUUAUGUAUGUAUUUCUUAUCCUUUAUUUUUAGGUAAUAUACUGCGUUUUGAUAAUGACGAUGAAAUUCUGAGGAAUUAUUGGUGUACACAAUUCGCAGGAGUUUUGUGGUGUACAACAUUUCUGUUGUGUGGUUGUGUCUAUUGCUUUGAAAAUUCUAGGCCAAUUCAUUCAUUGGUUGUCCCAAUUAAUUAAAAACAAACUGAGAGGAUGCUCUUCCAGUUGGUUGAUUUAGUUAUUCACAGUUAUUCACAAAACAACUUAUACAUAAAUAGAAAAAGCAUUCAUGAAUACGUAGAAGGGGAGACAAGUUGCAUGAUGAAUGUCUUGAAUGACAAUGACACUAUGACACAUCUUUUAUAGCAUCAGCCAAAACAGCCAACAGCAGAGAUUUACAUGUAAUCUCGCUUUUCGUUUCCUAUUUUGUACGGCGAGGGUAGACACGAGUAUCAAUCAAAUGUUUAUCUUCUCUUAUUGAUGCUCCAAAAUUAUUACAUAAAAAAGUGGCAAACGAUAUCAAUCUUUGAUUUCAAAUUGAAUGAACCUCUUCCUUGUUUUAUCACACAUUUUGAUUUAUGAAACAUUUAAACUGAUUUUGUAUUAAAAGUCCUUCAAACUUAGGAUACAUCGUCCAAAAAUUCCCUGUUUAAUGCUGUCUACAUACAUACUUCCCAUGUAAUAAAUCUCCUGUCAAUGAAUCUCCUUUUGAAUCACGUAUUUCGAAGCGCUUCCUAAAACUUCUUAAAUUAUUUACAUGAGCAAUUAAGGGUUAAAUAUAAAGUAACUUAAUUCUCGCUACUUGAAACUGCAAUACAGAGGUCAUUAAUCGCAAAAACCGGAUGGAAUGCAAUUAGUCAGAUGUUCUUCGUGUAGCUUCAAGUGAUAAUUGAUUUAUCUGGUUGACAAAAUUAUUCUGAUAGUAGGAAUUGCAUGCAUACGUAGUUUACUUUCAAGUUCAACACUUCUGGUUCAAAUGAAAACACUUGAAUUUCUAACUGCAAAAUCAGUCAAUCAACUGUUUGUAGUUUGACUAAUAUCAUUAAUACUUUACUGAAUUACAUAUAUAUUUUACUCAUAUCGUUGUCAUAUUUCUAAGAAAUUACGUAGAUAAUUGUUCAUUGUGAUACAUAUACUUUUGUAUUUAUAGACAUGGUAAGAAAUUAAGUAAAAGUAUUUUAGAUUAGUACUCCGCGUUUAAUCUUCCAUGAACUGUAAUCCAGAAAAUGAUAAGUUUAAAAAUAAAAAUAGUCGUUAUCCUAA